CAUAACCCCUCCCUGACCUCCAGACUAAAAGAAAAUUCCUCUGGUUUACAUUGUAUCCAUGUAUCAUAUCACAUAUGUAAUUAAUCACGUGAUUAGCUGGUUAAAUGCUCUUGUCAAGGAGAGUUGAUACCUCCUAAGGGCGUUAGAAUAAUUUAUCAGAAAACUAUUUGCAAUUGCUCUAUUGUCUAUUGUAUAUCUAUUUGUAAGAAGUGGACAUUGUCAAGCUCUCCCGAUUUGUUUGGCUCCGAUUGGUCUUGGUUAUAACAUGGUUAUCAAACGGAUCCUUAGUCAUCAUUUCAUUUUAGGUUUUGGAUCUUUUGGCACCCGCAAUUUAUGGAUCAAUGCACCAAAUAAAAUCAAUGAUUCCAAUUAAAUGUUUCAGCUGUUAUAAUUAUCAGUGUCCAUUGUUUUUUUUUUUUUUUUGUUCUUUUUUUUUUUUUGAGGAAUCGUACUUGCACACGGUACAUAGACAUGAUUGGUGUUGGACCUGCGGUACUUGUGGUUUGGUCCGAAAAAGUUGAGAGACUUUGAGGGUUGGCCCAAGGGCAAUUUGUUUUUGGUUCAAACGUGACCCAAUUGAAACCCUUAGAAUAUCCCCAAAUUAACAAAUUUUUGUGUUUUUUCUUUCGUAAACAAUCGCACUGAUGUUUUUGGUCAUACCCCGAAUUAACAAAAAUUAGGGUUCUUUGUUUGGCCAGGAAGAGGAGGGUAUGCUCGAAUUUUCUUGGGUUGCGUGAAUGGUACGUUUUAAUAUCAAGACUACUAUUACUACUUUUCUUUAUUUUGGUUCAGAAAAAUCGAUCUUUUGUUUUGCUAUCCCGUCGUGCCAGGAAUGAUCGAUUGUGAAGAGGGUUUGUGUGAAGAGGAAGUUUGAUUAGAAAGUGGGAAUAGAAGAAAGACGUAAGUGGGCUUCGUUUCUGUUCGCGGUUUCUGAUAGAACGUGUAGUUUAGGGUUUAGGGUUCGAGUUGGCAUCAUACUGAAGAAAAAGAUAGAAAAAGAUGGAUGGGAGGCAGUGGCUUAGGGUUGACAGAUUUAACGAUCUUUCGGACGAAGUUGUUCAUCACAUUCUCUCUUUCCUCAGUAUAAGAGACCUAGCCUGUUUUGGCAGUGCAUCCAAAAGAUGCAAAGAACUCUGUCUGUCAACUCCGUCGUUGAAUUUUGAUGAACUUUGUCAUAGGGAUCUGUCAACGUCCAGUAAGCGGUUAAUGUUGUUGAGUUCUUUGGAUAGGUUCUUGGUUCGUCGUGGGGAUGAAAAGUUACAACAGUUUCGUUUGGUUUGGGAUAUUGAAUACUUUUUGGUGAAGGAAUUUUCCUAUGAAGAGGAGAAAUUUCGAGUGAUUACGUGGAUCCACAAUGCGGUUAAGUGUAAUGUUGAAGUACUUGAUCUUGAGUGUGGUUCAUUUAGGAUGGCACUGACUCCAUUUCCAUCUUGCGUCUUUCUUUGUCGAUCUUUGAGGUCUCUAAUGGUGGACAUGAAGCUUAUGGUCUUUAAAGAGCCCUCCUCAACUUCUUUCUCUAAUCUUGAAUGCUUGAAGUUGAGAAAUGUUAAAAUCGCAGACGAGGGGUUUUUCAAGUGGUUUUCAUGUUACUGCAAUUGCAUUAAGGAAUUAUGUCUCGAACAAGUGUCUGGGGUACAAAAUAUUACCAUCGUAAGCUCGUCUUUGUUAUCCUUUAGUUUUGUCAAUCACUCUCUGACGGAGCAGUGCCAACUUAGCAUUGCAGCUGAGAAACUUGUAGACCUAGUUAUUGACAUUAAAUCUAUUCCACACAGAAAAUCGAUAAAUAUUCUUGCACCAAAUCUUACGAGUAUGAAAUGGAUAGGGAGAUUGUUGAUCCACCAAAAUCUGGGGGAAUUCAUUCGUUUAGAGAAAGCCGACCUUUUUUUCCUGAAGAAUGGAGCAUAUGACUUUGGCAUUGUGUCCGAGUUUCUCUGCAGUAUAUGCAGGGUCAAAGUUCUUAUUCUAAAUGCAGAGAGCCUCAAGGUUUUUCCUUGUACCAAGGAAGGUUCUAUGCCAAGACCUUUAGAUAAUGUUCGUUAUUUACGUAUUGAUAUUGGGAGCUUGCUUGAUGACCUAGUCCUGGCAAUGAUCUGUCUGUUUAAAACAAUGCCAAAUUUGAGCACCUUGCACAUAUAUACUGACAGAAUCUUCCUCCAUUCGAAAACUGAAUCCUCCGGGUUUGAUAUAGAGCGUUGGAAAUUAGAAAACCCUACUUGUGUUUCUAAACUUGAGGAGGUGACUAUAGAACUUCCCAGUGGGUCUAAUGGAAUCGAGUUAUCGAAGUAUAUACUAGAGCAUGCUCAGAACUUGAGGAAAAUGGUGAUUGUUCAUUCACCCCAACAAUCGCAUGUGCGAAGAACAUUAAAGAAAAGCAAGAGGAUCUCCAAUGCCACAAUUGUCUUUCAGAAAGAUCUAACAAGAGGGAGAUGAAGCAAAGAGGAAGAAGGCUGCUUGUUAAGAGGUUUUUUGUCUACUCUUUCCCGGAGAGCCAACAAGAGCACCAGCUUUAAUAUGCAAAUGCAAUAUGUUAAAAUAUGAAGGUUUAGUUUUCCUUUGAUACAAAGUGAUAUUGUGGUGGGUGUGGGGAAUUAUGGUGAUGAUCUUAACAAACUGAGCUAUAAAUUCCUUACACGAGGCAUAUAGUUUUUUUAUUUUUGCUUUCCUAGCUUUUGUGGUUGCUGUAGCGGCCUUUAUUUUGGUAUACACUGUACAAUAGCUCUUCUUGUUAGAAAUAUUUUUGUUCAACGCAUAAA